GGGCAAAACUGGGGGGCUGAGGGGUGUCGGUGCCCUGGGCUUGUGCAGGAUUUGGUGUAAAGCCCCUGCCGCGUUAGCCUUAGGGAUGCAGUUUUGAUAGGACUGAAAAGCGACACGUUGCUCUGACCCCCCUUCCCGCCCCCCCCUUUUUUUUUCUUCUUUUUUUUAAGCACGGGCGACUAGCAGGACAGACGAGGGGGCACAUUUAUUCCUCUUUCAGAGUUUUUGUCUCCGUGCAGCUUCGGCUGUAGGCACGGAGGGAGCCUCUUCGCAUUUCAAAACAACCUCUCCUUUAAUUCUGAUUCACCCCCGCAGUAUUUGUGCUACCAUUCCUGCUCUCUUUUUUGGAAUUGACACUAAUUUUAUCCAGAUUCGUCACCGCUGGAAGCAGAUUUAUCUCGGAAUCGCAAGAGAGCUGUGCCAAGGUAUUUAACUUUCAGGCUCGGGAGAGAGGGAACUCCUUUGGAUCAGCCACAGAAAGGCAGAGCCUCCCGCGGUCACGCCUGAACGCAGGACCAGAGGAUGGCUAAGGAGCUUUAGCGAGUGGAAGCCUUCCUCUCCAAAUCCUCGGCUUCUCCCAGGAAAACGCCGGACUUCCAAGCGCUUGAUGCACACAAACGGUGGGCCCUUCCACAUGUGACCAUAAGACACAGACAGUAGAGUUUCUGCAGCCUUUGUGGGAUCCUGAAGGAAAAAGGCAUGCCAUGAGUCAGCAGACUUGUCCCUCCUACUUGGCUGGGCUUUCCUGAGUGUAUAUAUUGCAUGAUUAUGCUUUUAAGAUACUAAGAUAGUUGCGUGUAUUUCAACUCUAUAUUUUCAAAUCUCUCUGUCUUGUUUUAGAAAAAAAUAGACAAAAUGGAGCACAUGUUACUGCUAUUCAUAUUAUUCUUGCCUACAUUGGGUCUUGCUAAUGGAACAGAAACUGAACAAGAUUUUACUUGGCACUUAAAGAAGAUUCCCCAAAUAGUGAGUGAAAGAACUUUCUCCCUUGACAACCCUAAAUUUGAAGCAAAACCCAACCUAGAGCUGAACAGCGUAUGUGGAAUUGAAUGUCAAAGAAAAUUGCCAGUGCCCAGCUUGUCUGACUUGAAGGACCUCUUAUCCUAUGAGACUGUUUUCGAGAAUGGCACGCGGACCCUGACUGAAGUGAAUGUCCUUGGACUAACACCUGGUCCAUCUGGAAACACAACUACACACAAGUCAUUGAGGAAGAAGAGGCAGAUAUAUGGAACAGAUAGUAGGUUCAGCAUCUAUGACAAACGGUUUAUGACCAACUUUCCCUUCAACACAGCUGUGAAGGUCUCCACUGGCUGUAGUGGCAUUCUCAUUUCCCCCAAGCACGUGCUAACAGCUGCCCACUGUCUGCAUAACGGCAAGGAUUACGUUAAAGGCAGCAAAAGACUGAGGGUGGGCCUGAUGAAAACAAAGUCCAGAGGUGAUGGCAGGAAGCGCAAAGGGGCUAAGAGAAGUAGGAGAGAAGCUUCUGAGGCCCAAGAGGAUCCUAAAGUUGACACAGGACUAAGGCGACGAUCCAAAGGUGGUGGGAGAAAGCAGAGGAGAUCUGGGAGGAAGCAGGAGACCUCAGAUGGCAUGCCCUCCUUCCAGUGGACCAGAGUGAAGAGUACCCACAUCCCCAAAGGCUGGUUUAAGGGUGUCUCUGGGGAUAUUGCCCUGGAUUAUGAUUAUGCUGUUCUUGAGCUCAAGCGUCCCCACAAAAGGAAAUACAUGGAGUUGGGAAUCAGCCCAACCAUCAAAAUGAUGCCCGGGAGCAUGAUCCACUUCUCGGGUUUUGACAACGACCGAUCUGGGCAGCUGGUCUACAGAUUUUGUAGCAUUUCUGAUGAGUCCAAUGAUCUCUUUUAUCAGUAUUGUGAUGCUCAGCCCGGCUCAACUGGAUCUGGCAUCUAUCUCCGUCUUAAGGAGCCGAACAAAAAGAAGUGGAAACGCAAGAUCAUUGCUGUUUAUUCAGGCCAUCAGUGGGUGGAUGUCAAUGGGGAACAGCAGGAUUAUAAUGUAGCAGUAAGAAUUACUCCUCUUAAAUAUGCCCAGAUUUGCUUCUGGAUACAUGGGAAUGACGAGAAUUGCACACAAGGCUGAAGAGAGCUGAAACUAACUUGCCUAGCACCCAAAUUAUAACAGAGUGAAAAUCUUCUGCCAGCAGUUACCGAAAGAACAUCACUCUACGUCAGGAUGCUUUCGAACUCAAAGCUCACAAGUAAUGUUACGGUGACUUGAGUAAUGCUGAAUGGUUGGGGAAUGGGUAGAGUUAUCAAACAAAAUAUUUUUAAUUGUAAUCAACCCUAGAUCUGCACUUAAAAGCCCAAACUAUAUUUAUAUUUGCAAUUGUGAUAAAUUCAAAACGUUCAUGUCAGAAAAAAAUGACUACACUUGUUUGUCAUUUUUUCCCCCAGGGGAAGGAUUGAAGCUUCUCAAACUGGUAUCCAACAAUAUAUGUUUUUUUCAGUGGAUUUUCUUUUCUCAGGGUUCUGUUCCAAUUCUUCAAAUGCAAGUUGUGUGUACAUCACUUUACUGUCUGUGCAGAAUGAUCCAGAGUACUGCAUGAGACUAAGAAAUUAUUCUGGCAUUUUCUAAAGACCACAGCUCCAUGUUGAAAAACAGCAAUCUAGUUCAUGCUUGUUAUUUUGGAAAGUUUCCUAAUCUGGUUGCUGGAGGAACACUCCCAUGGAAACCCCAAUUUUUUGUAGCCAAUGACUAGACCUAAAAGACAAGUUUUCACUUCAUUGCUCAGUAGAAACAACAAAGAGAAAUUAAAGAACAUAGAAGUUUCCAUGUUUGGGAGAAGAAACAUCAGAGCAUAACUUAAUGCCUUUUUAUACCUUCUUUGAGAAGCUAUACAAGUCUUAAAUAUAUACCUUUGUUUUCUAAUUAGUAUUUGGAAAGCUGUAGCUUUAGCUUCUUUUCAAAUGUUUAUCUUCCCCAUUAGGCAAAGUCACUGACUUCAGAAGUGGCUGUUUGACAAUCAUUUGGAGCUUCACCUCAAAGCCACGGAUGAGAGUUUUGUUGGGUGCUAACCAUUUUUGCAGGUUCUUAAAAUUACUUCAUAAGAAUUCAGCUACAUAGAUAGGAUACUCUGGGUAUUAGACUGGGAGUUGGAAAGCAGUAUUUCUGUAUGUCUUUCCAUGGUUUUACAAAGUGGGCAGUUUUAAUCAUGUCAUAUUCAGACUCCGCCUCAACGCGAGUCACAGGGUUAAACUAAAAAAUUCUCCCAACUAAAUUAUACCAACUUCUGAAUGGUGGAAGAACUACCCUGUGCAUGAUAACCGGUAUCUUGCUAGAUAGCAGCAGUAGUUAUCAAAUGAUUUGGUUCAAUAUGUUUGCUGAACCACACAGUUAAUGAAAAAAGAGAGCUUGACUUUCACACAUGAAUCGCCUUUUUAAAAAAUUGAAUACUGUUGAUUGCCACACAAGUCUUAAUCUUGUAUUUUGUAUCAAGAUUUUGGAGUGCAAAGGAUUGUUAUGGUGCUAUGUUAAUCUAGUAACAAAAUAAUAUUUCAGAUCACAUCCAUUGUAUUUCAGAUCACAUCCAUUGGGUUUCGUUACUUUUAUAAUUAUUCAUCAUUGCAAUAUUUAAUUUUUUGAUGAUAGGUUUAUACUGACCAAAAUUAAUUUUCUUCCUAUGCAGAAGAAAAAAAAAUAGAACAAGAUUUUAAAAUAUGAUUUCUUAUUGGUAUAUUUGAAAUUUGCUUGUAACAUUUUUCAAUGAAAUAUGAUCAUUUUUAGUAACCCACUUUUUUGUAGAUGACUGAAAAUAUAAAACCUGACACUUUGAAUGUGCAGGCAACUUUCUUUGACAUAUUAUUACCAAAGCAUCAAAAUUUAACAGUUGUUUCCAUACCAUAACUCCAGCAAUAUUUCAUUGAUUGGAAGAGAUCUCACUUUAAAAGAAACUAUUUCUUUCAACUUUAGCCUUUCCAGGCAACAUUUAACUUUUUUUUUUUUUUUAGACUUGUAUGAUUGUUUGCAGAAAACUAAUAUUUUUUAAAGUUUAGAAAUUAAUGUCUAAGGUUUUAAAGUUAAUUAUAUUUGUUGUUGUUGUUAACAUCUCUAUGAAGACAUAUGGCUUCACUGACUAAUUUUAAAUCACCUCAGUCCAAUAUUUAAUGCUCUUGCUCUAUGCAGCAGACCUACAAUAUUUCUUAGGUGGCUCUAUAAUAUAUUUCUUACGUGCCUUUUUCCAUAGUUACUGUAACAAAUAAGGUACCGUAUUGUUAAUCAAUAUAAGUCAGCAUAGGUCCAUGGAUUUUGUUAGAAUUUUAUCCUCAACAUUGAUUCAGGUCCAAAACUGAUCAAGAUAAAGUAGCUUAGUAAAUCCCUUGUUUUGGGGAGUCGUCUUUAGGUGUACUCAUUAGGAAAAGAAAUACCAUUAUUUCUUUAUUAGUUUGGGAAUCAGGGACAAGGUAAGAAUGAAAAAUGUUUAUGUCAGCUUUCAAAUGGUCUUGUUCUAAUAAUCAUCUGCUUUAAAUACCUCAGCCACAACCUGAAAUUCUCAUACCACGCUGAUAACAAAAGUUUAUCCUCAGAGGAUAAAUGUUGGAUGUCCAGUGCCUUAUUUUAUGGUACUAAGAGGUUAAAGAGGCUGGGCAGCGCAACAUAUGAAUUAAUCACAACUAUAAAUAUACAUAUUCAAGCCCCUGUGUCUGAGUGCCCAUGCAGAGACACAUGCAAGCAUGGCAUUUGAAAGCAUGCACUGUGCUGUCUGGGCCAGAACCUUCAGGCAAGGGGAAGAUACCAGUGGCCAAAAUGUUCAUGGCUGUCGUAUCCCAAUGCCAGACAGCAUUUCGAUAUGCCGUUUAGCCUAAUAAAGAAGGAAAUGCUUUGUGUAGGUGUUGUUACAGCCCCAGAGGCCAGCACAGGGCUAUCGGUACCAGCCACUGCAAGUGGGACAAGAACUUUUGAGCUGUCAGAAUCUCAGAUUGCCUUCAAAGAGCUGCAGUUGGUAUCUUGUUAUCUAUGACAAAAUACCCAAGGGGGUGUUCCUAGUAAGGAGUAUAGUGUACAGGCAUCAGGGCAGGGUUCCCAGCAUAGGAGACACGUCCCUUGCAAUGUUUCUGCAAAGGAUUUUUCCCUCUUUCAAGAACUGGAGUGGGCAUCAUUUGUUUUCCUCAGCAUUAAUGCUUUUCCAUAAGAGUUGAGCUUUUCUUUAACUGUUUUCCUGGCUUUAGGAAAACAAAACAAACAAACAA